GGUCUGCUGCUUGCCGCGCUGCCUCCGCAGAGCAUGGCUUGGCUGGGCUGGCUGCUGCGGAUUCGAGCGCUGGUAGUAACCUUCGCCGCUUCUUCUUGCAGGGCCCUGAGCAGCGUCUUUUACUGGUGUGGGGCUAGGCAUCGCUUUCACCGAAUGCCCAUGGCUUUGGCGGGUCCGCUGCUGUUCCGUAUCGGAUAUAAUCUCUAUGCCCACACCCGCCUGGGCUACCUGUUCUACAAGCGUCAAGUGAAGAAAGCACGGGAACGUUAUCCCCAGGGGCACUCAGUGCCCAAGCCUGUGGUAUUCAGUGGAGUGAAGAUCCUGCCCAUCCCUGUCUUGUCCAAUAACUACAGUUACCUUGUGAUUGAUACUGGCUCGAACUGUGCUGCAGCUGUGGAUCCCUCUGACCCGUUGGCUGUACAGUCAGUCAUUGAGGAACAGGGGGUGACGCUGGAGGCCAUCCUAUGCACUCACAAACAUUGGGAUCACAGUGGGGGUAAUGCAGCGCUGCGGCGGCGGCACAGCUCCUGCAGAGUCUAUGGCAGCAGCUAUGAUGACAUCCCUGAACUGACAGACCCCCUCUCGGACAAAGAGACCAUUGUGAUAGGGCGUCUGAACUUCAAGGCCCUCUUCACUCCAGGACACACUGUGGGGCACAUGGUCUAUGUGCUGGAUGGGAAACCUUUCGAAGGGCCAGCCUCUCUCUUCUCAGGAGACCUCCUUUUCCUCUCUGGCUGUGGUCGAAUAUUUGAAGGGGCACCAGAAACGAUGCUGGCAUCUCUAGACACAGCAGCUGGCCUUGCUGAAGACACAUUGCUUUGGCCAGGGCAUGAGUAUGCCUUAGAGUGUUUAAUGUUUGCAAGCCUUCUGGAGCUGGAGAACCCUUUCCUGGAGCAGAAACUACAGUGGGCACAUCAACAGCGAGCUGAGAAGAGAAGCACGUGUCCUUCCACCAUCGGUGAGGAGAAACAAUACAAUCCCUUCCUGCGGACACACUCCCAAGAGGUGCAUGAAGCUAUGGGCCUGCAGCGCCAAAGGGAUGAGGACUGGGACAUCUUCCGGGCCCGGGUGCUGAAAGAAGUGCGACUGCGGAAGGAUGCCUUCAAAGCAAACUAGCCAUUGGGGGUGGUAUCAGGCUGGAGCAGAGUGUACCCACAUGCAGGGGCCAGGACUGGCCUCUGCAAGGAGAAGUCUGACCACAAAAUGGGCUCUACGCUACUGAAGAGGGAUCUACUUGGAUGCUGAUCUCCCCCACGACGGGAAGUGAAAUGGUGAAAAUGAAGGUUGAAGCUCAUUUCUUGAGCUCCGCAUCCCCCAGAAGGUGGUGUUGGUGCUGUUUACCCAUGUAGCUUGAAGAUUGGGGCUUGCAGCUUUUCAGAAAAAAGUGUUUGUCUCAUGGAAGAUGUAGUGGAUCUCUUUAAAAGCCAGUUGUGCUUUGAUGGCUCCAUGUGCCCUGUUGUCCUGCAACUCGCUUGCUGUGGGGUGAAAUGGAGGUGGAGAUGGGGGUGGGGGUGGAGAGGGAUGGAGCUGUAAAAGGCUAACCCUGGGAAGAGCUGAAAUAUGAACGUUUAUUUUCUGUGUGUAUGUGUGUGUUGUUGUUGAGUAUGCCUGCCUAUUUGCUAGCUCAGGGGCAUCUCUUGGGUCAUCUUAUAAGCACAAUUCCAACACUGUGUACUCAUCUGGAGAGACGGGUGCACACAUGUGAAACUGAGGCCCUGUUUGGUCUUCCAUCUCUUGCCUGGCACAUCAGAAGGAGCUUCCCCCGUUUCCUAUUCCCCAAGAACUUCACCCAAGUUUAUUCUUGGGCAAAUAAGCACCUUUUUUAAAGACCACCUACAUCCAAGGAUAGAAGAUCCUACCCUUCCAGAUCUUCACCUUGGUCCUUCUUCUCAUCUGACUCCUGUUAAUAUUUUUUCUUUUCGGCUGUCUCUACAGUUGAGCAGAUGGGUAUACAUAUUCCUAGACACUAGGCCAGCUUGGAUUUGUGCUCCAUGUACUUGGGGAAAAAAGAUACCCAGGCUUGUGAGGCAAUGCACCUCGCAUUUUUCCCACUGCUUCUCAAAGCACAAGCUCUUAGCAGGAAUGCCUAGAGUUUAGGUCAACAAUGGCUCUGCUUCCCACAGAAGCAGGAGAAUGGAGCCAAGGAGGCAUGCCGCCACCACCUCCUACCUCUUGAGAAUAUGUUCCCACCAGUCCCCAGAGGGUGGCCUUCUGUAGGAUUGCGGCCCUGGGCUUCUGCUGGGAAGAAGGGUGGGAUAUAAAUCGAAUAAUAAAUAAAUAAAUAGGAUACAUGGCUUCCUUCCCCUGGUGUCACAUGCCAGUUGUUUUUAGAAGAGACUGUUAACAUUGUGGGGGUGUUAAGUGACACUCAGUCCUCAGCACUGUGGCCAUGUGGUUGGUAUUUAUGCACAUAAAGUAUGUUAAAUUUGGCUCCUUCUGUCCCCUAGUGUCUGUCAGCAGUAUAGUGCAAAGCUGUCAUCGGGAGAGCCCAAAAAGAUUGUUAACUUCUUAAAAACUCAUCAGAGAUUAAAUAAAAUAGUAAAUCCCAUGAUACAGUUUAUUCUCCUGUGCUUUUUAUUUUGGUACUCUUUACAUUCCAAUGUAUUCUCCAACUUGGACACUACAAAUGUUUGACUGUUUUGCAAAGUCUUGAAACGUGUGGGUUUUUUUUAAAAAAAAAACACCUCUUCCUGUCAAAUUUUAAUAGAACUACUGUUUCAAUUUGCACCUUUAGUUCUUGUGUCAAAUGUUGAGGCUUUGUGGUGUCAGAAAAACAAAACUGAAAAUGCAGGUUUAAUGCUAUGUGUGGUGCGUUUAACCUCAAGUGGGCAAAAAAUGUAUUUCUUAAAGCCUCUCAACGGUUGGUAAUAACUUUGAAAUCAAUCUUUUUGCAUUGUGAAAUGGACACCUAUACUGCUUAACUCUGCAGGAAGGAAGAUAAAGACUGGACCACAGAGCCCAUCACAUUCAGGCUGCAAUCAUUAAUAUUUAUAUACCACUUAAUAUGCUAAAUCCCUAAAUGGUUUACAAAAAACAUAAUAGUAUCAUAAAAUGAAAUUACAAAGAAAUACAUCAGUAAAACCAGAGAAUCCAUCAAUAAAACAUUGUUAAAUAUCAAUAAAUAAUAAAACAGCAAUAUGGUGCACACACACAAUCCUAUACAUGCUGCAGUAUUGCACGCCAGCACACUAAACUCAAGAGUGCUGUUCCUGCUUCUGCCUUCUUAAAAAGGUGGUAAAUGGCUAGCAAUAAACUUGUUUAACCACUUGGUGUUAAAAUACACUAAAGUGGUAAAUAUGCUCUUAGGAAAUUGAGCAAUGAAGAAAGACAAACCUGUGAUACAAUAUUUGGUUACUCUGUAUGGUAAUAUUGACCUAGUAUCUUAUUAACAGAAAACUGACACAUAUUCUAAAACACAUUUAGGCUGCAAUGCUAAACACAUUUACAAAGGAGUAAGCCCUAUUGAAUACAGAGGGACUUACUCCUGAGUAGAUAUGCCUAGGAUCGCUCUGUAUUAAAACACAAAAGCUGAGCACUGGUGGAAGGAAGGGUUACCCACAAGAGCUCAGGCAUAAAAACAGGUAUGGUGUUGCUACAGUCUCAUGUGAUUUUGGAAUGAAAACUGGAUCUUCAGGCCCGAGAGUCAAAAACCUCCCCAUCUGUGUCCCUACGGUGGAGAGUGGGGAAUCUUUCAGCUGGGGCCACAUUCCCUCAUGGGCAGACUUCUGGGGGCCACAUACCAGUGGUGGUGGGAGGGGCUAGAGGCAGGAGUGGGCAGAGCAAUAGAUGUGCUUCUUACCUUUUGUACAGGAAGCUACAUUCUAACCAUGUAUAACCAGAAUUUGUAUACAUCCUGCCCCUUCCUCCCUGCUUGAGUACGUCUUUUAAAAAUUCAGAUUCAAAGAGAUUUCACAACUGAUCGGUAGAUCAACACACACACCCCAGGUGUAGCUAAUGGAAACGCUUUGAUCUGGCUACUAGUGUGUUUACAGCCCAGAUCUACCCUCUUGUGUGCGUCUGCAAUGCACUUGUCUCUGAAACUUUUUAAAAAGACACUCCGUGGAGAAACUGACAUGCCUUUCUAGCAAGGUAUUUUCUUCCCCACUCCAUUCCAGAAAUUUAUAUCCUGUACUAUGCGGAAUGGAUCAUAUGGGGGGGAUGUUUGGGGAGGAUUGUGCAAUGAGAAAUGGGGAGUUGGGUACAGCGCACUUCUCAGGCUAGCAAAUUUCUCCUCCAUGCCAGCAGGCAAGGAACAUUAUCAGAGUUUAAGACCACAUUCCAGCCAGGGAAAAGAGAACUUAGGGUGAAGGGCAGGGCCUAUGAGGAGUGUGGCUUUGGAGAGGCAGAGUAGCCAGGGAAGAGUCUUGAGGACCAGACAGAGAGAUCUGGAGGGCUGCUUUCAGCCCCUAGGCCUGCAUUUCCCUACCCCACCCUAGUAGAGGGACUGCCAGUGAAGAGUACAGGAUAACUCUGCCUUCACUCUGGUCUGAAAACUAAAGGCUACUGUCCCUGGAUUCACUGGAGCACAAUGUGCAGCCCAGUUGUGCUUGUUUACUUGGAAGCAAGUCAUGCUAUUAAAUAGGGCUUACUACAAGUUAACAUGCACAGAUUUACAAACUAUUGGAUUAUUCCCCCCUCCCCUUCUCUCAAAGCCUGCUGCUGUUCCACAAGUGCAGGCUUGUAAAUUGUUUUUGUGUGAGGAGAGGCAGCAGGAGGCUGUGAGUUUUGUUUUGUUAGUAAUAUGUUCUCUUGGUGAUGGGGAAAGUGACUUUGGUCACACAACCUGCCCAGGGGCCUCUGCUGUGUUGCCUGGCGAUGCGCUGGAAGCAGCAGAACAGUGGGCGUGUUUCUACCCCUAGCUACUUUACUCUUUUUACACUCUUUAUUUUUAAUUUUUAUCUUUUGAGUCCUCCUAGUAUCACUCCCCCAUAUAUCUCAGCAUAUAUAUAUACACCUGUCUGUCUAUAUAUGCAUAUUGUAUUUUAUGUGUUUUAAUUGUACUUCAUGUAUUUUAAUUUACUGUAAUGUUUUGUGUUUUUGUGUAUAAUUUUGUUGUGUGUGUGUGUGUGUGAUUUUAUUGUAAGCCGCCCGGAGUGCCCUAUUGUAGGGUAGAAUGACGGGAUAUAAAUAUUUUAAAUAAAUAAAUAAAUUUGAAUAGGACAGUGGGGAAUGCCCUGCUGCUAAAGAUUAAAAAAUAAAAUGGUGUACUAAAAGGCAUGUGCAUAAAUCAAUAUGGUGCUGCACUUCUUAGGCUGGACCAUUUCACAAUGCAUAUGAAGAAACUGCGUAUUUCAAAUGGUCCUCUAUAAGUGAAAAGCUAGCGCAUCAGGGAGAAGGCUGAGCAAAAAUCCUUUUGACAUGCUGGAGUUUUUUUAAUAUGGUGAAGUAUUCAGAUAUGCAAUUCUCCUCCCUCUCCAGGAUCAUUUGGCACAGUCAAAGGAAUGUCCUAAAU